AUGGCUAAGAUUCAGUAUUUGGUGGUCGGCGCCAACCGUGGACUUGGGCUUGAAUUUGUUCGCCAAUUGCUUCAACACCCGGAAAAUAGCGUGAUCGCAACUUACCGCGAUGCGACUAAGCUCGGCGAGCUGAACAAAUUAUCCUCGGAGGAAUCGGCCGCGGAGAGACUGGCUCUGGUUCAAUUGGAUAUGAAUGAUGACGAGAGCUGCGCGACUGCUGUCAACGAAGUAAAAUCCAAGGCCGUGUCAAUAGAUACUCUGAUCAUCAACGCGGGUGUCAACAACCAUAUCGACUCGUUACUUGAGCAAAGUAUAGACGACGUUGCCAAUGUGUUUAACAACAAUGUCCUUGGACCUCUACGCAUCGCACAGCAUUUCGCACCCUUACUCAACAAUCCUCAGCUAUCAAAAAUAGUUUUCAUCACAUCAGUUCUGGGUUCGCUGUCUGGGGGAAAGAACUCUAUCACCCCAUCAUAUGGAAUUAGUAAGGCUGCACUGAACAUGGUGGGUCGGAAACUUGCACAUGAACUAGAACCUUCGAAUGUGGCGGUUGUGCUCGUACACCCAGGCUGGGUUCAGACUGACAUGGGGGGUUCGGAUGCCCCAUUAACAGCUGUUGAAAGUAUUGGGGGCAUGUUAAAGGUGAUCAGUCAAGUUGACUUGAAAAAUAGUGGGGAAUACUGGCAAUGGGAUGGUCAGCGCUUACCCUGGUAA